AUGCUAGGAUUGUACCAUACGUCUAAGUGCGAUUCGGGCACUACAAACAUCCGACCACACUGUGAUCCCUCAACUAUACGUCAUGGUUUGGAAAGGGCGCAUCGCCGUGGCGGGAUCUAUGCUCUUGGCUUACCAGUGAACACCUUCGACGGAGAUGCCGUCGACCCAACCGGGUUGCCCGUUCCCGAUAAGAAAACUGCUCGAUAUGUCAACGAUAGGACGGCCAAGGCCGCAAAUGCGCAGGAACUUCCUGUCCAGUUUGCACUCGGUAAAUUUCAGUCCGUUGCCUGCCAAGAAGACAUGCCGCAAUCUCUAGCAGCACCCUGCGACUUGGAUCUUUUCUACCAGGCUGUCGUCGUCUCCAGCAAUAUCAAGCCUAUUGACCUCGUGGAACAAGAUAUUGGCGCUCGUCUCGUGACGGCGACAAGUAAGAUGCAUGGGCCCAAGUAA